AUCAGUGUUGCCGAUGUCACCAACUUUAUUACUCGUGAGAGAUUCUUUUUGAAUAAUUUCUGGAAUUUAUGCAAAAGAUUAACAAUACAAUCGCCAUUCAUCAUCAAUAUUUUGUGUUAUGUCCCAAUUAUUGACAUAAUUCUUACAGGCAUACGUAUAAAAUUAUGUUAAAAAAUAUUUAAUAUUAUCAGAAUGUCAUAAAAGUUAAGUAAAUCUGAUAAUUAUGUACAAAUCGGCAACACUGUCGAUUUUCUACAUUGUCUGGUACUACGCACAAAAUGGCCGACGAUCUGCGCCGUAAUAGUGCGCGAACUUUUCCCGCCUUCUAGUGUGUCACUGCUGUUGCGUUUUCUAUGCUGUGACCACAGCCACAGAAAGAAACGUGAACGUGAAACGUUAGAAAUUUGAAACCCAAAAAGGCAAAAAGUGUCAUGUGAAAUAAGUAAAAACUUGAAAUUAGUGUUAAAAACUAAAUUUUAUCGUUAAUGAAAAAAUUCAUUGCCAUUUCUUGCUUGUCACAUACCUAUUAAGUAUACUUACUGAGCAUAAAAUGUUGAUCAUUGAAGGUUUAAUAUUUUCAUAGUGUGAUUUGCAAAAAUUUUAAUAAUAUUAUAAUACCAUUUUUUAAAAACGUUUUAAUUAAUUUUUAUGACAUGGAGACAAUUCAAGAAAAAGAAGUAACAAUUAAGAAGGAACUUAAAAACGAAAAUAAUUCAGAAACAGAUACUAAGCUCAAGCUCAUUAAAAAGGAGGCAGAAUUAACUAAUGAGCACCAUAUUCAAGAUGUGAAUUCUAAUGACAUAAAGGAGCUAAACACAGAAAUUAAUCUUGAAAAUAUGAAAUGUGAACAAAGUUCAAAGGAAUACAGUGUGGCUUUUGAAGAUUCUGAACAACAAACGCAUUCUGAAGACAAACCGUUUAAGCUGAAAAUUCAUUUGCGGAGCGAUACAGAAGAGAAGCCUUAUAAAUGUGAAAUAUGUUCCAAAGAGUUCACGCUCAAAGGAAGUUUGAAAAGGCAUAUGUCCGUAGGUCAUACUAAACAAAAACCGUUUAAAUGUGAUGUCUGUUCUAAAGAGCUUGCUACAAGAGGUAGUUUAACACGACAUAUGAGAGUUCAUACUAAAGAUACUGAAGAAAAACCCCAUACACCCCAGCUUUAUGAAUGUGAAUCAUGUUUUAAAGUUUUUACUGCUCGUAGUAAACUAAAUAGACACUUAACAACACAUGAUGAAGACAACGACAACCGUAUUAAAUGUGAAAUUUGUUCAAAAACUUUUAAACAUCGCAGUCAUUUUAAGACCCACCUUCUAUUACAUUCCGAUGAUAAACCUUUUAAAUGUGAGUUUUGUUCUAAACAGUUUCUAGAAAAUAAUAGGCUGCAACUUCAUAUGCGGGUUCAUACAGAAGAGAAGCCUUAUAAAUGUGAAAUAUGUUUCAAAGAGUUCACACGUAAGGAAAGUUUGAGAAAUCAUAUGUAUAGAGAGCAUACUGAACAAAAACCUUUUAACAAUUUAACAUGUGAUAUCUGUUCUAAAGAGCUUACUACACAAGCUAGUUUGACACGGCAUAUGAGAGUGCAUAAUGGAGAAAAACCAUUUCAGUGUGACCUUUGUGACGCUCAGUUUGCAAAUAAUUAUGCUCUGGGUCUUCACAAGCGUGCACAUUCAGGAGAACUUCCAAAAUGUAAUGUUUGCCUUAAGCAAUUUAGUGAAAAUAGUAAAUUAAAAAUACACAUGAGAACGCAUAAUAAAGAGACAUGUUUUCAAUGUGAGGUGUGUUCAAAGUCAUUUACGGAAAAUAGGAAAUUGUUAGAACACAUGCGUAUGCAUACAGGUGAGAGACCUUUUAAAUGUGAAAUAUGCUCAAAACAGUUUGCUCAAAAUGGAAGUUUAACGAGACAUAUGUUGAUUCAUUCUGAAGAGAAACCUUUUAAAUGUGACGUUUGUUCCCGUCAGUUUACACAGAAAAUUAAUUUAGAAAAACAUUGUCGUAGACAUACCGAAAGAAAAUCUUCAGACUGACAUUUUAUUUAAAUGAAAAUUACAAUAUAUAGAGCUGCGACUGACUAAGUAAAAUGCAUGACUAGGGAUCUUUGUAAUUAGCAGAUUCUUCAAAACAAGUUUAAACUUUUUAAUAACAUUUUUAUACGAAUAAAAUUAUUUUUCAAUUU